UACAUAUAUUUAUUUAUCUGUGACAGGACAAGACUGAAGAAGCAGACGGACAACGAGAAAUAAGAAAAUGGCUUCGUUUCAAAGUGAAAUAAAAAUUGAAGAAUUAUGUCGAACAUGCCUGUCUAAAGAUAAUGAGUUACACUCAAUAUUUGAUGUUAUUGUGGGAACAACAACCCCGUUAGAUUACAUUAUUACUUCAACAACUGGACUUAAGAUCAGCAAAAAUGAUGGCUUGCCUUCUACAAUAUGCUGUGAGUGUGAAGAAAAGGCUAAAAAGGCUUAUGAUUUUAAGAAGAAAUCAGAAGAAGCCAACAUGUCACUUAGGGGUAUUUUAAAGAAAGAAUGUUCUUUAAUGACAAAAACAUUGGGCCAAAACAAUGCAUCAAGUGUAAAGACUGAAGAUUUGUCAUCACAUGAAAAUGAUGACUAUGUUGAUAGUGAUUUUAACAUUUCUUUAAAUAGUGGCCCAGAUUUGCAAGAAUUGGAGGCUGUAAAAACUGAACAUGAGAUUUUAGAGCGUAAGUCAUGUAUUGUGUGCAAAAGCUGCCUAGUCGUUUUCGAUACACGUGAUAAAUUACUGGAUCACCAGAAAAUAUGCAUAAAAGUCGAGUGUGAUGAAACAAAUCGUACCUUCUGCCCACUUUGUGGUACAUGUUACAAUGGUGCUGAGAAUCUGACGAAACAUAUGUGGGAAUUUCAUGCAGAUCUAAUGGGCCCAAAAAAGAGAGGGAGACCUAAAAAAAUGUUAACCAGUACCAUCCUUAACAAAUUAUCAGAAAAUGGAUUUUGCAUUACGUCAAUGCCUGCUAAAAAGAUUGAAUGUGCAUUUUGCAAGCAUCAUUUUGAAACCAAAGAAGAAUUAGGAUUACAUGCCGUAACUCAUAAAGAGACGAAGGUGCUGCGUUGUCUAGAUUGCAAGAAAAUAUAUCUCGACGCGCAAAAGUUUUAUCAGCAUAUUUGUAUUGAAGAUAAAGCUGGCAUAAAUAAUGUUGAGAAUGAUUCUACGAACACAGAUUCUAAUAAUAAAAAAAAACAACAAAUUGCGUCAGAAAUUACCCUGCGGGAAUUCAUAGAUCCGAACUCAGAUAUGGAGGCUAUCAACUUGCUACAAGUAUGCAGUGUGUGUACCUGCAUAUUGCAAUCGGAAUCGGAUCUUAUUAAUCAUCGCGAUGCUGAACAUCCUGAACUGUCUCAUCGGUGUAACCUUUGUACCAAGGUGUUUGCUUCUUUGCGCUCAGCAGCGCGCCAUAGAAGCAUGUGCAAGCAAAUCGAAAGAAAAUAUAAAUGUAACACUUGUGGACUAAAAUUUGCCUAUGAAAUAUCAUUGAAUAAGCACAUUUUAAGAUAUCAUGAGGGUCAAAGUGUGUCAGUGAAAUUUAUAGAUCCAAAAACCAGACGAGAUGAGCGGCAAUUCCAGUGUGAUACAUGCAGUAGAAGUUUCUAUAAGCGAGACUUACUUGUGAAGCAUACAAAAAUACAUAUGCCAAUAGAAAACUUCUAUGAAUGUGACGUGUGCAAAAAAAAGUUUCACAGAAGUGAUAAUCUAAGAUCUCACAAACGAGUGCAUGAUGUGCACCGCGAAAAACCUUCGUCUAAUAAUUGCUUGUGUCUUUAUUGCGGCCGGAGUUUCUCGAACUCCUCCAAUUUGAUCGUUCACAUGCGGCGCCACACCGGGGAGAAACCCUAUAAAUGUGAUUUUUGUGGUAAAGGUUUUCCAAGGUCUUCAGAUUUACAAUGCCACAGACGAUCUCACACCGGGGAAAAACCAUGUAUCUGUCGUGUUUGUGGUAAAGGGUUUUCGCGCAGCAAUAAGUUGUCUCGUCACAUGCGAGUACAUACUGGACAGCGACCUUACAAGUGCACGUAUUGCGAGAAGGCGUUCUCACAGAGCAACGAUCUCAACCUGCAUAUUCGUCGACAUACGGGCGACCGGCCGUACAUCUGUGAAGUGUGCGGCGACAGAUUCAUACAGGGCACAGCGUUACAGAACCACAGAAGAGCCCACGGCCACUUUCCCGCUCCUCCAGCAGAAGCGCCUUCUGAGGUGCAAGCGAUCACUUAUACAGUUCAAAGUAUAAAUCAUAGUAAUUAGAACUGAUUUGGAGCUGACUCCAUGUAUUUUGAACUUAAGGUAGCGUUAGUUAAAGUUUAAUUUCGCGGCAACCAGGCAAUAAAAUGUGCAAAUGCAACAGCGCAUGUCUCGUUCUCUCGUGCAUUAUGUUUAUGGGUGACGUCACAAAGGAGAGGGUAUGCGCAUUGUUGUGGAGCCCCGGCCCAGAACCCAAAAAUGAGAAAACGUGCUUUAAGUUGACUUUGCUAGGUUAUAAAAUAUAAAAAUGUACACUUGAAGUUGCAACUCACAACGAAGUCCCCAAAAAGUUAUAAAACUUGAGAUAUAUAUAUUUCACAUGGUAAAAUCACAAAUCCGUUAAAUAGGUAAAGGAUAUACAACGUGGUACAAAAGUAUUCAAAAAAGAUAGUAAAUUAUGGAGAUGCGCGGUGUUACUAUAUGACAACUGGGUGACUUCCAUAUAUAAUCACGGACAUGAUAAGAGUGACAAAAGUCACCAGUACGCGCUGGCUAUUAGUGUUUCAUACCGUUUCUGUACAUUGUACUUAAAAAAGCUUAAGUAUGGUAUUCAUAUAAUCUAUGAUCUUACAAAGGGCUUACACAUCAAUAAACAAUUUUUGUUUACAUAUUAUUUCGCGGUAAUUGAAAAAUUGGUAAUACGAUUUAAAAAAUAUGGUUCAUUGACUCCUUUAUAAGUGGGUCUUUAACCCCUCUGCGGUGUUUCGGGUACUUUUGUAACAUUCUGUAUAUUAAUUUUAAAAAGUUAAAAUAAACUUAUAUCUACAACUUAGAACUAAUACAGUGCAUCAAAAAAUUGCUCCUCAUCGCUGUCACUGGGUAAUGUACCCAAAAGAUUGGCAGCAUUGCCACGUUGGAUGGCAAUGCUCAAACUCUGUGCGAAAUAAAUGUAAAUAUUUUGUUUUAAUGAAUUCAAUAAAAUCCUGUAUAUUUA